AUGAACAUCUUCAGGAGCCUCCUCGGCAAAGUUUGGCAUGACCCUAAUGCCGCUGAGGUUGUCAAGAUCUCCGAAGGCCAGCUUUACCUUGUACGCUCGGGCACAAUUCGCGGUGCUCGCGAAUGCAUCUAUAACGAUGCCAUGGCCACGAUCCGUCGUGUACCGUCCCUCGAACACCAUUUCCAGCUUGUCAUCACGCGCGUGUACGAGGAGGGUGAUCAGGAGCUUCUGGAAGAUGAAGAAGAAACUGAUGAGGAGAGGUCUUUCCUGAUCAGCCAGGAAUUGCAAUUUCAGAGUGCAUUGGGUGAGGAGGGCCCUAGCUUCAUGUGGCGCGAUCUCGACGGGGAUGUGGACGAGUUUUUCGAAUUCGUGGCUCCCAGCACAAAUGAGCCCACUCGCGCCUUCUUCGAGACCUGCAUGUACAGGGCAAUGUACGAACGGAAAUACAAGAGGGGUGCAGAUGAUACGGUAGAUGCGGAUUUGCAGGAGUUUAUCUGGCAACCUCCUGCUCCAAAAUCCAAGUCCAAGACAUCUUCUGGAAAGAAGGCUGCAUCAGCUUCUCAAUCUCAGGAAACCACUGUCACUGAACACCUUCCAGUUGUGCCCGAAUCUCAACGCAAGACUGAAAGCAAUGCUCCUGCGACGCAGGAGACUCGGCCACCGGCUUCUACAUCUGAAAACGCUGUUCUACCUUCUCUGAUUGCCGAACCAGCCGAACUGCACCUUUGGGACCGGAUUGACGGGUAUUUUCUCAAGCAAGCUGAUGUCAUCGCACAUAUUGCGCAGAAACCAUCGGAUGGUGCCUUCAAUUUCUGGCUUGGCGCAACUACUCGGGAAGGCGGAACUCAACUCCUUGCGCACACUAUUCAAUCUGAGAUGAACCACCGUUGGGCUACUAAGCUCCGGUCAUUUACCUGGAACAAUCAGAAUGAAAAGGGUGAACAGAGUAGCUGGUGUCUCAGGUUCGAGACAUCGGAGGGCUUCGAGAGAUUCCAAUCCAUGUUCACAAGGGCACUUUGGGAAGGGCUGAACCACCAAUCAUGGGAAAAGGCGAAGCCCGACGAGCAAGCCUACGUCCUGAGUUCUAAUGUAGAGGACGUUGAAAUGCAAGACGUCGAAAAUGACGAGGACGAUGAGGAUGAUGUAGAGAAUGAGCUCGACAAGAGCGACGACGAAUCUGAGCCUGAAUCCGACGUGGAUGAAGAAGCUGCUCAACAACCGACGAACGACGGUGCACGCAAUUCUCAGCUCACUGUUGGCUACAAAGGCGAUCGCUCAUACGUCGUUCGGGGUGAUAAAAUUGGUGUCUUCGGUCACACCAGUGAUCACCAAGUCGAGUAUGUUGCCGGUAUUGGUAACCUAUCGACACCAAAGGGCAAAACCUUCACGCCUAAACGAGUUAUGUUACACGACCAAGACACUAAGAUGGUGGUAAUGAAUCCUGCCGAGCCUAACUCCCUGUACAGCCUGGACUUGGACCGCGGUAAAAUUGUCGAGGAGUGGAAAGUGCACGAGAACAUCACUGUGAACAAUAUUGCCCCGGACAACAAGUUUGCCCAAAUGACGCCGGAGCAGACUAUCAUCGGCACGUCUCACAACGCGCUUUUCCGCAUCGACCCACGUGUGUCUGGCACGAAGAUGGUCGACAGUCAAUACAAGCAAUACGUCAGUCGGAACCAGUUUUCGGGUGUCACAACCACGGAAUCCGGCAAAAUUGCAAUCGCGAGCGAGAAGGGCGACAUCAGAAUGUUCGACUCGAUUGGAAAGAACGCGAAGACGGCCCUGCCCCCACUUGGGGACCCGAUCCUGGGUAUAGACGUCACCGCCAACGGGCGCUGGAUUGUGGCGACGACGAAGACAUACCUGUUGCUCAUCGACACCCUCAUCGGCGAGGGCAGGUAUACAGGUAGCCUGGGCUUUGACCGCAGCUUCCCAGCAAAUGCGAAGCCUAUUCCUCGUCGGCUGCAGCUCCGGGCGGAGCAUGUCGCCUACAUGGAUCAUAGUGUAUCGUUUUCGCCAGCAAGGUUUAACAUGGGUGAAGGCCAGGAAGAGAACGCUAUCAUCACGUCCACGGGUCAGUUUGUCAUCGCGUGGGACUUCUCCAAAGUCAAGAAGGGGCAGUUGGACAAGUACGAAAUCAAGAAGUAUGAGGAUAUGGUCGUUCAGGAUAACUUUAAAUUCGGAGAUGAUAAAGAGAUCAUUGUCGCACUGCAAAACAAUGUGCUUGCGGUCAACAAGAAGAGUCUCAAGAGGCCCACGCGGGCAUCAAUCGCGACACCCUUUGGAAAUCCAGGGAGCCGUUCUGGCAUCGUAAAUGCUCCAUACUGA